AAAUUGCCAGAUAAUACGAGAAAACAAGAAAAACCGUGCCGACGCGCCGAUCGGCGCGUCGGCGCGCCCAAAACGUCGAUCGACCCAAACCGUGCUGGUUGCAGCAUUAAUCGACGCGUCGCUUUUCCCGGUGCAAUGGCGCUAGUCGCGCACCGAUCUUCCAUGCAGCGGAGCCGCCGCAUGCGAGAGGCAUCUGCUGCAGCGGGCCGCAGCACGGCGGCUGCAGCUCCGGCAUGGAAGUUUCCAUGCACACUAUCGGGAGGGCAUCCUCUGCAGGAUUGGUUCCCACGCAGAGCCGGCUGUGGCUGCGGCAGACGGCGGGAGGCAGCAGCCGGGGAGGCAGCAGCCCGGGAGAGAAAGUGGGAGGUGGGGCAAGGGAUGGGGAUGGAAAUAAGAAUGGGAAUGAGAGUGAAGAAACAGGUGCAGGGGCCACUUCCAGUGGCCAGUGGCAGGCAGCAAGGCAGUCCUGUAUAGGUGUGAAGGUUUGCUUGCAUUAGGGAUACCCCUGGGCAGAAGUAGAGAGCGUAGCGUGUGUCCGAGCGUGUGCACGGCCGACCGAGAAGAACAGCGGGCAGAAAAAGAUAAGGGCCGAAAGCGGGCGAAGCUUACGCUG